CCUGAUGGUCAGCUACCCAGACCAUCCUAUCUUCAAGAGUAACGUCUUCCACACCGAGGAGUUCCUGAAUUUCGCUGCCAGCGUCAGGGAAAUCCACGAGACUGCUUCCAACGAUCCCUAUUAUGAGAUAGUCGAGCAAGCCAUCCCAGCGGUAGCUGAAAAGCUUCGGCUGGUGGCCACCCAACAGGCCGAUAUCUUGAGGUCCAACCAGCGCCUCGAGCGGAAGGUGACAAGCCUCGAACGCGAGGUCCACAGCCUACGCCAGUUAUCGUGGAGGGUCACGAUGGAUAUCAGGCCCGAUGGCCAAGAGCUGGUUCAGGUUCACCAAUUGGCCCACCAAGGCAGCCCCCACGCCGCCUCUCCGGCGCCGGCGGUGGCGCCAGCGGUGGUGCCGGAGGGAUUGAAUCGAGCUCCCUUGACGCCACCGGUAGCUGUGGCAGCAGCUCGGGGCGAGAGGGCACCUCAAUACAGGCUGCCACGUGAUAUCAAGACGAUCCUGGGCUGGACGAAGCUAUGGAAGGAAGGGCUGCCGGGGAAUGCCCUCAGUUGACGCCCUCGAGGCGAAAUGGGGUGCAGAAUGGCGACCUCGGAGCGAAUCGCCAUGGUUCUGCAAGAGGCUAAGGCUUAUUAAAGAGGUCCGGCGAAGGGCUGGCGAGAGUGGGUAACACGAAUACGAAGUGGCACAGCAAAUGGAUACAGAACGAGGCAAGGCUUCGGUGGCCAAGGUUAUCGAGGCUCUGAAUAGCUCCAAAAAGAGAGGAUUAGGGGGCUCACUGCCGCUGGGCCCGCUGGGACCUGCCGGGAGGGAUGCUCGGAGGUGGUCAGCAUUCUAAUCCCACGGUGUUUGGAAGUGGGACAUCGGCAGCGGCCCUCGCGGGAGCCGGGGAUUGAUCUCAGGGGUUGACACAAUGCGACAACGACACCGUUGGUGAACCUUGAAUCUGCCCUGCCUUCGGGAGCCUUCCGGAC